GAAAAUAGCAGUCAUAGAUAGAAGAUAUUCGUGUAUUCGUUUCAACCAGUCCAAGUGCGCAGCAGGGUGCUGAAACUAGUCACAGGAAUUUCUUUGAUUUCAAAUUGAACUUUUUUUUGUUGUAUACAUUAUUUGUAUUUGAUUUACAUAAAAAUACUAUCCGCUAUAUUCAGUGUGUCGUGAAUUGUGCCCCAGAGAAGUCGUCACUUCGCAAGGAAAAGCAAAAAUUCAGUGAUCCUAAAAGCGCAAUUGAAACUUGAAACCACAAAAUGUCGCAGUCAUUGAAGUUCUAUUUUGAUUUCCUAAAUCAAUCCAGUCGGGCAUUGUACAUCUUUCUGGAGGCAUCGAAAAUCCCUUUCGAGGCGAUUCCCAUUUCCAUGGUCAAAGGUGAGCAUUUGACGGGUGAAUUUCGUGAUAAAGUCAAUCGAUUCCGCAAACUCCCCGCUAUUACGGAUCACGGCUAUCAAUUGUCCGAAAGUGUGGCCAUAUUCCGGCAUCUGUCACGCGAGAAACUUGUGCCAGAACAUUGGUAUCCUCGUCGUCAAUUGGGACGCAGCCGAACCGAUGAGUAUCUGGCUUGGCAGCAGACCAACAUGGAUGUGGCUUGUACCGAUUACUUUCAGCAAAAGUGGCUAAUUCCGCACCUGCAGAAAACGCGUGCAUCCGACAAUGCGCUUAAUGUGGCUGGUAAGCAUUUGGAUGGCGCACUCAACGACUUUGAGCAAUUAUUCCUGAGUUCGCACAAGUUUAUUUUGGGUGAAAAUAUUUCAUUUGCGGAUCUAAGCGCUAUUUGUGAAAUUGAUCAAACCAAAAGCGUUGGCUUUAGCGCCUUCAAGAAUCGCCACAAGCUUUCACGCUGGUACGAUCUUGUUCGCGAUGAGUUGGGACCUUAUUACAAGAGUGUUCAGGAGCAGUUUGAUGCGGCUCUGAAGCAGAGCAAUCAGCGGGAGCAGCGGCAAGGAGAAGUGCAAGCUCAGGCCUUGAAGCAGUGAAUUAAAGUGGGGAAGAAGUGUGGGUUAUAAGUUGUUAUUUUAAUAUUAUUUAAAAGAAGCAGACGUGGAGCAGCAUCUUCAAAACGAUAAUAGAAAUUAUUCUGAAAUUAAUUAUUAAUAUUAUUUCCCCUUUUUCGCAUUAACUUAAUUUGUAAGUACUCUCGUUAAUUGUUGCUCUAUCGUCAGUCUCAAAUUGUUACAAAAUAUUAAAUGAAACAAUCACUUUUCAUUUUAAUAUUUCUUUAUUUGUGUAUUUUAUUCUUAUAUUAUUAUUAUUUUGUUUUUUUUGUCAAGUUAUUGUUUAAUAAGUUGUUUUUACAUCAAUUCAUUUUCGCAUUUUCAAAUGUAUAUCUUGAAUGACCAUUUAUUGCACAACUUGUUUUAGUUCUAUAGCUAAGAAUUAGAUAAGCUACAAUCAAUUUCAGGAAUAUACAGUCAGCCGAAAAAAACGAUUUAUACAUUUCUGACGUAAUAUUAUUAUGUUCUUUCUUUUGCUUGUUGUAAUUAAUUCAUAUCAUAUAUAUUGUACGUAUAAUAUUAAUACAAAAAAAAAAGUAUUUUUAACCAGUAAAGCAUCUUAUAAAAUAAUACAAAAAAUGUGCACUUAAAUUAUUCGUUCAGAAUGCGCGCAAUUCACAUUAAAUUCCCGAAAAUGUCAAAUUGUGCAAAUCUAUUAUUAUUUGUUUAUAUUUUCAUGUCAGUUUCUAAACAUCACUGCAUUGUUCACCAAAGAAUUUGAUGAACUCAGCUCGUGAUGGGAAUAUUUGUUGGGCUGACUGACGUUCAAAUGAAAUUUAGUUAUUUUAGAUCUUCAAUGUUUGUGAUUGCAAUUUCGAAAUAUAUACACAUACACAUAUUCAAUUGUUUAUUAGCUAUGCUCUCAUCAUAAUUCUUAAGCUUGUUCGAAAUACAUGUCGUCGAUUAAUUCUUCUGUUGCACAUUAUCAUUAUUGAUUGUUUACAUAUUUUUAUCGCUUUUUUUUCAUUUUUUUGUUUUGUUAUUUUUUGAAAGGCACUGCUGCAUUGUAAUUCGUCACUUUUAUCCAUAUUAUUAUAUAUUCUGUUCAGAUCUUAUUUAUUUUUGUAUAUAAUACUUUCCACUAUACUUAAAAUUGUUUCCGGUUUUAUUCUCUCCAUAGUUUUUAGGCGGCUUCUCUGUCGGUUUUCUGUCUGUCACCAUCGAAUGUGCAACAGUGAAUGUGUGUGUUGUAUUAAAACUGUUUAGAUUAACAUAUUUGUUUAUUGUAGAUCUAAUGUAAUUAUCUCAAUACCCUACAAUAAAUGUGUAAUAAAAAUGUUCUAGCAACAAUUUGGAGUGUUUUCUGAGAGCACUCUAUUGCA